GAGAUCAUUAACACUUCCGUUUCCGAGAGGCGAGGAGCCGCAACAACAACAGCCACAGACACAUUUAGUUGCUUAUAAAACUCUUAACGUUAAAAGCGGAGUCUGAGGAUGUCGGGACAGAAGCGUCCUGCUGACCCCAGCGGUUCCUCGUCCUCCGGUGCGCCCCCAGAGAAGCGGAGGGAGCGGGAAGGAGAGGACGGAGGACCCGGUGUCAGCGCCGCAGCCGGGGGGAGCACCGCGGUGGAGACGGUCAUCAAACUGGGAGGAGUGUCCAACUCAGAAGAACAAGACAUCAGAGCUCUUCAGACUAAGAACCGAAAGCUGGGAGAGUCUCUGGAUCAAAGACAGGUGAUUGAGGAUGAACUGCGAGAGCGAAUUGAGAGACUGGAGACCCGGCAAGCCACCGAUGACGCCAGUUUGCUGAUCCUCAAUAGAUACUGGAAUCAGUUUGAUGAAAACAUUAAGCUGACCGUCAGGCGUUAUGACCAAGCAAGCUGCGAACCUGAGAAAUCUGUGGCCGGUGAGGGACGGAGCCUCAAGCCGGACACUCCAGAGCCUGACGGCGACUCCAACCAGGAGAGGGCCAAGGACAGAGGCCAACAGGGAGAGGCAGCCAACUCCUUCCUGGCCACGCUGGCGAGCAGCAGCAGCGAGGAGAUGGAGGCUGAGUUGCAGGAGAGGGUGGAGUCCAGCCAGAAGCAGGCUAAUCAUGUGGUGGAGAUCUAUGAGUGUCUGAAGAGCACCGUGGACCAACUGAAGGCAGAGCUGGACUCUGGAGCCGAGGGCACUUUAUGGAAGGCCGCUUCCAGACUGAACUCCCUCCUGACCAGUGAAAACGAGCGAUUGCAACAGCUGACUGAGGACCUCAAGCAGAAGCACAGUCACAUGACAAGCGAGUCCCGGCCUCUGGGGCGAGCAGCUAACAAAGCAGACCAGCGCGUCAGCGAGCUGCAGGUUCUCAUCGAGGAGCUCCAGUGGGACAUGGAGAAGAUCCGCCGCCGAGAGAACAGACUGAACGCGCACCUGAUCGAGAUACUGGAGAGGGUGAACAGCAAAGGCUAUAAGGUGUGUGGGGAGGCCAGCAGCGUUUGUGGCACCAUCACGAUUAACAAGAGAAAGUUUGAAGAAAUGAACAGUGAGAUGGAGGAGAGCAGGGAGCUGGCAGACAACCGCUUCAUUGAGCUGCAGAAGCUUCAGCAGGACCUGCAGAAUGUGCACCAGGAGAACAACAGCAUGAAGACGGAGCUGCUGAAUCGAGCAGAGGGCAUGGUGAAAGAGACGUCUGAGUACCGCUGUCUGCAGUCGCAGUUUUCUGUGCUCUACAAUGAGUCUCUGAUCCUCAAGUCUCAGUUAGAUGAGACACGUGCUCGUCUCAACACUACCAGGACGGCAAGGCUUCGACAGCUAGAGCACAUGGAGAAUGAUGAAGUGGCUCUGCAGAGGAAGGUUCGUACAGAGGUGUUUCAGCUGGAGGACACGCUGGCUCAGGUCAGGAAGGAGUAUGAGAUGUUGCGCAUCGAAUUUGAACAGACUCUCGCUGCCAACGAACAAGCAGGUCCCAUCAACAGGGAGAUGCGUCACCUCAUCAGCACACUGCAAACCCACAAUCAGCAGAUGAAGGGAGAGGUGGUGAAAUACAAGAUCAGACUGAGAGAAACACAAGCUGAGCUCAACCAGGUCCGCGCCUCAAAGGGCAACGCCAUCCUCCAGUCCCAGUCGAGCACAGAGAUGGACGUGAAGGAUGAGACAACCUCUCCGUCCACCCCGGCCGUCUCUGGGGAACCUGUGAUCAAGACAGAGCCUGACAACGGCUCCUCCACACCGAGCAGCACCGGAGCCUCGGUAAAAACAGAGCCUGGAGUAGAAACUGAGGCGACGGUAAAAGAGGAGGAGAAAGAGGAGAAAAAAGAGAAGGAGGAAAAGAAAGAUAAGGACAUUAUAAAGAAAGAGGAGAAAGACAGAGAGCGGGAGAAAGAGAAGGAAAAGGAGAGAGAGAGGUCGACCCGCGGUGGCGGGAGCGGCGGUUUGAUAAAGGAAGAGAAGGAGAAGCCGGGGAGCAGCAGCCAACCUGAGGAGUCGGCUGGGGAGCGCCUGUCGAUGGUCGGAGGGUCAAAGAGGAAGGAGAUUGAGCAGCUGAAGAUUGUCCGAACAGAACUCAAGUAA